AUGACAGCUUCUCAAGUAAAAUAUUCCGGAGGUAAAAUAGUCCCCCAUUCGGAUCUCCGGGUGGGGACUACGAGAGGAGAAAGAAAUGUUAAAGAAUAUAAAGAAUACAAAUUCAUAGCAACUUGGAACGUAAGAACGUUAUUACAGUGUGGAAAGUUGGAAAACCUGAAAAUGGAAAUGAACAAGAUGAAAAUGUAUAUCCUUGGAAUAUCAGAAAUAAGAUGGCCGAAUCCAGGAGAUUUCUGGAGCGGAGACUACAGAAUAAUACAUACGGGAACAGCAGAGAAAAGACCAGGUAUAGGAGGAGUAGGGAUGGUAAUGAAUAAAGUCCUAGGUAAAAAAGUUAAAGGCUACGUACAAUACAAUGAAAGAAUCAUUCUAGUCAGAUUUCAGACGAAACCAAAGGACACAAUAGUAGUUCAGGUGUAUAUGUCAACAACAAAUAGUAGCGAGGAAGAGCUAGAAGAAGUAUAUGAAAAUUUAGACAAAUUAAUAGAAAAUGUCAAAGGGGAGGAAAAUCUGAUAGUAAUGGGUGACUGGAAUGCCAUUGUUGGGAAAGAAAAAGUAAAAAAUUUAACAAGUGAUUAUGGUUUAGGAAACCGUAACGAUGGAGGGGACCGGUUACUAGAAUUUUGUGCAAAACAUAAAUUAAUAAUCAAAAACACUUGUUUUAACCAUCAUAACAGAAGGAGAUACACCUGGAAAAUGCCUGGAGACAUUAAUAGGUACCAAAUUGAUUAUAUCAUGGUAAAAAAAUAGAUUUAGGAAUCAAGUAAAAGAAAGUAGAAGUUAUCCAGGUGCGGACAUAAAUAGCAAUCACAACCUUAUUAUGAUGAAGUGUAAUCUUAAAUUCAAAAAAAGCUUACGUACGUGGAUUGAAAUAAAUUUCAUUGAUAGAUGAUUCAACGAUGUGUUAAUUAAAAGGAUUUGGGCAAGCACGUUAGUAGCUAACAGAGAUUUAAUAAAAUA